UUGCCACGCGCCAAAAGAUUCUUUUCGCUCUGGAUAUUUACAAUCGAUAUUUUUAAAAUUAAAAAUUUGCUUCAUUACAAUAAUUUAUCGUUUUUUUCCUUUUUAUCGAUGAUUUUUAAAAGUUUCCAUAACUGCAAACAAAGUUAUUUUAUCUUACGUGGGCAGACUUGAAAUACAUUGCGGUUCAUGGGUGAAUUUUAUUUAAACCUAUAGUACCUACCUACUGUAAAAAUGCAAAUUCAAAAUAAUAAUUAUUAUACUCUUGGACAGAACUAGGUUUAAUAGAACCAGAUAGAACUAAAUGAAUAAGUAUUAUGUAUAAAGUAAUUACUAGUUAAUUAAGAAAAUGUCCCACAGAACUUCAAGUUUUCAACUCAGCGACUUAUUUCCAAGAGAGAUUGAUAUUGAAGUUUGUUUAAAAACAUUAAAAAUAUUUCAAAAAUUGGAAGGAGACGUGAACUGUGUUGUGUGGGAUGCAUCCCUAGUUCUUGCCAAAUAUUUGGAAACCAUGUGUCAAUCGAAACCGGACUUCUUAAGUGGUGUAAGAGUGCUAGAGUUGGGAUCAGGACUGGGAGUUGUUGGUCUAACAGCAGCUACUUUAGGGGCACAAGUAACACUCACUGAUUUGCCAGAAGCUCUUCCAUUACUUCGCUUAAACAUAGCUGAAAACAAAUCAAAGAUUGUCAGCAUGGGUGGAUAUGCAAUAGCAGAGUCCUUAGUAUGGGGUGACAAACAUUCUGAUAUUCAUAAGCAAGAAUUUGAUAUGAUUGUUUUAGCUGACUGUGUUUACUAUGAAGAUGCUAUCAAUCCUCUUAUAGAAACGUUGCAGUGCUUAAAUAACACGAUUAAGAAAAAACCCACAAUAUAUUUGACACAAGAAUUAAGGGAUUCAGAUAUACAAAAAAAGUUAUGGAAUGAUUUCAGUGACAAAUUAGCAGAGCUUUUCUAUGUGGAAAAAAUACCUGAAGAACAACAGCAUGUCAACUAUCGGAGUUCUGAUAUUUUACUGUUGAAAAUUACAAAAAAAUGAUAUUUAUACAGCUAUGAUCUUCAGUAAUUGAUUGUGCUAUUCACAGAAAAUAAGAAGAUUAAAAGGUAAAACAAAUCUUUUUUAUGAAUCAUAUUUUGUGUAGUAAAAAUUGGAACUAUGAAAGUUCUAAUUUAAACAUGCUUUGGAAAGCUUCCGGGAACUCGAAGCAGUAUAUCAACAACUACACAAAUAUUACCUAGCUACUUUAAAAUGUAUUAACCUAUUAUGCUUUUUGAAUAUCUGGCUUAUUAU